UUAAGUAGAGAGCGGCUCGGAUCGGUGAGAAAGAGAAGCGGACCAGAGAGGAGCUUUCGCCGACGGCUUGGAGGAAAUUUGAGGAGGUUUGAGGAAUUCGAGUUGGUCUUCUCUUUUCUCCUCCUCUCCCCGUGAAAGGACCAAUGGAAAGGUCUCUUUUUUCCCUUCUGGGGACAUUCACAGAAGAGGACGAGGAAGGGAUGUGUGGAUGGAUUAACGUGUUUGGCCGGAGACCAGUCCAGGGUGUACCCUGCCUCUCGCCCAAAGCUAGCUGGGAUAGGCUCCAGCAUACCCCCGCGACCCUAGUGACGACAAGUGCCAGAGAAAAUGGAUGGAUGGCUGGAUGAACCUGCUUGUCUAUGCUGUCAAAAAGCAGCUUUAUGAGGCCGGAGAAGAGAGAGUUUGAGAGACGACACGUGAAUUGUUCUCCCCAAAGACGAAGGAAGUGGAAGUCGUCUCUGAUGGGGACUUCCAGCAUCCUUGUGAGCAGCCAUGGAGAAAGAACGACUGAACAAAUGCAGGAAGAAGGAUAUCUACAAGAAGCAACAUGAAGACAGACGGUGGCCUCCCCUCCCCCCAACUGUUUCUCAGGCGUGUUCGCCCCCCCCGUAAGCCGUAAUGGGCGACUGGAGUCUCUUGGGGAACGUCCUGGAGGAAGUCCAGGAGCAUUCCACCUCUGUGGGGAAGGUGUGGCUCACCGUGCUCUUCAUCUUCCGCAUCCUGGUGCUGGGCACGGCGGCCGAGUCAUCGUGGGGGGAUGAGCAGAGCGACUUCCUGUGCGACACGCAGCAGCCCGGCUGCACCAACGUGUGCUACGACAGCGCCUUCCCCAUCGCCCACAUCCGCUACUGGGUGCUGCAGAUCGUUUUUGUGUCCACGCCGUCGCUUAUUUACAUGGGUCACGCCAUGCACACGGUGCGCAGCGAGGAGAAGCGGCGGCGGAGGGAGCUUGAGGAGAGGGAGGCCCGUGUGGAGGGAGGCGGGGCAGACCUGGAGGGGGAGAAGGAGUACCUGCAGCAGAAGGAAAACGGCAGGGAGGUGAGGUCAGACGGGCAGAGCCGUGUCCGCCUUAAAGGACCUCUGCUGCAGACGUACGUCCUGAGCAUCCUGAUCCGCACCGCCAUGGAGGUCAUCUUCAUCGUGGUGCAGUACUUGAUUUACGGCGUCUUCCUCAAGGCGCUCUACCUGUGCACGUCGUGGCCGUGCCCCAACCCGGUCAACUGCUACAUGUCCCGCCCCACGGAGAAGAACAUCUUCAUCGUCUUCAUGCUGGUGGUCGCCGCCGUGUCCUUGGUGCUGUCCGUGCUGGAGCUCUACUACCUGGGCUGGAAGAGCAUGAGGGCGUGCAUCCGCGGGAAGGUGACGCAACGCAACGUCACCUUGGAGCCAAACAGCCCGCCUCUGCCCUCGGCCUCCUCCACCCCUCCCCCCCCUGACUUCAUCCGGUGCGCCAUCACUUCCUCCAUGACCCCCAUGACGUCCAUGACCUCCAUGGCCUCGCACCCCUUCAGCAACAGGAUGGCACUGCAGCAGAACUCGGCCAACCUGGCCACGGAGCGCCACCACAGUCGAGACAACCUCGAGGAUGACCGGGACUUCCUGGUAAGGUACCAGCAGGCCCCCAAGGAGGUGCCCAACAACAACUGCCACCCGUUGCCCGCGCUGCACUCAGGGUACACCAGGGACAAACGACGACUGAGCAAGACGAGCGGAAGCAGCAGUCGAGCUCGUCAAGACGACCUGGCCGUUUAAAAUGACAGCGACGGACCGGAGAGAUGGACCCUCAGUGAGCUGUGAACUCUUCGGCCACCUGUGGGGACCAAAAUGGCCCAAAAAGGGACCCAUGAACUAGAUAGAACAGGGUAACCAUUGCACAUUUUUAAACAUGAAACGCCAAAUAAAGAGUGUGACACGAAGGCAGUACAGGUGAGAAUCACCUAAAAAUGUGGACAUGAUUUCACUUAAAUGAUGUAUUUUUGUGCUGUGAAGUUGGCCUUGGCUCACUGUGAAUCCCUCGUGCCUUAAUGAGAGUCACGUCUCAAAAAAAGCCAUUUCACAUCCAUAAAAAUGUGUGCAUAAAUGUGUGGAUGUGCCAUAUGAGUCCAUUUACGUACAUAGAGGGGUUUUGUUUUUACAAUUGACCAUGGGUAGGACCAAAUGCUGUAGGUCAGGGGUGUCCAACAUGCGGCCUGGAGCCAUUUGCAAUGCUGCUGUUUGUUUAUUGGCCCGUGGCACAUUAUAAAAAUAGAAUUUAACAAGAAAACUUGUUAAAACAAAAAAAUAAAAAUAAAAAAAUUUUAAAGCUCAGCAGUAAUUUUACAAUCUAACGAGAAAAAUUUGUAAGGGCAUAAAGUUGAAAUAUUAAAGAAAAAUGUUUUUUUAAAGUCAGAGUAUUAUGAGAAACAAACAAAGCAAUGAAUAAAAUUUUAAUUUUUCAAAAAUUAUGUUGCAGAAAAAGUGAUAAUAUUACGAGAAUAAAGUCAAAAUAUUAUGGGAAUAAAGUAAUCACAGUAUGAGAAGAAAAUUUACAAAAAUUAUUUAAGAAGAAAGUUGAAAUAUUUGGAAAAUUACAAAAAACAACAGUAAAAAUUGGGAAAAUAGAGCCCAGACCAAAUUUCAUACAAAUAACAAAUAGGCUUUUUCACAUAUAUCACAAAAUAUAAAAAACUUCUCAGCAUAUCUACAUGUGUUGCUUACAAAACAUCAAAGCGGCCCUCGCAUCCUUUCAUGUCAUUUUUCAGUAUUCGGCCCUCGCUGGAAAAAGUUUGGACACCCCAGCUCGAGGGCAAUGGUUCUCAAAGUACCACCUCAAAAAUAUUUUUGCAAGUACCACCGGUUUUUAGUGUGGAAUAAGUGCUUUGUACUUGCAGGUAAUUGGCUGGUGGCGUGUGAGGUGAGUUAAAUAUUAAAUUCAGCAAGGCAUCUUUUAAUUUAAAUGCAGCUUCAGCAAAUCUUUGGUUAAUAGAUUUCUAUUUGUACAAUCAUGUGUAUGUCUCUAACAUGAGUUUAUUUUGUUAAAAAAAAAAAAAAAAAAAAACUCUGGUGUUCCUGAGUACCACUACAUAGAGCCCGUGUACCAACAGUGGUACUCCGACCACAAUUUGAGAUUGAUAGCGUAGGUUCCAGGAAUGCCUGAUGUAAGGGUAUUUGGCCACCAGGUGGCGACAUUGCACUUAUUGUUAAAGUCUCUCCCUUGACGCUUUAGUUUUGUGGGUAAAGAACUCAAUGCAAUAUUUUUUUCUUUCAUUUGAUUUCGAAAAUGUAUUUUUACUUAAUGUAUUGUCUUCAUACUAGAUAUGCAAUGUGCUUGGACUGGCUAUUUGUCCGUAGUUUUUUGUAGUUGCUGGAAACAGUUUUGAAGUGUACCGUAGCAAUCAAUCCAUUCAGUCUUGACCGUCUAUGUUUAAUCCACUUUUGGUUUCAAAUUUCAAUACAUCAGCUGUCAUUUCUAAUCCAC